UUUUUUACCCGAAAAAGUGCGGUGCACAGUCGUACAACAUUUUUCAUCCAUCAAAAGCGCAUAUAAUCCCCCAAAAAUACUAUCAAAAGCCCCAAAAAAGUUGAGCAAAACCUUUCAGUAUCAUUAAUCAGUGAACAAUGCGUGGAAAGUGCCUCGCAUGUACCUAAAAAAAUUGUUAAAACUACUGAGCGGGAAAAACGUUUUCGGUGGCAAUGAUGAGUUAACCGUGAGGCCAGGUUCGUAGCCAACAAACAUCGAAAGCUUGUGGACAUCGUGCAUCAAUUGAAUAGUAUCAGACGAUAAAUAUCCAUCGACUUAGUAAACCCCAAAAUGAGUGCAUCAGCGAUAAAAACACCGAUGCCAGGCGUACAAAGUUCAGCCCCCUCAACAGGUCAUUCAAUGCUCCCAAUGACAGCGAUGGCCCAGAAAGUGUCGCCAGGAGCGGACUCAACAGCAUCAAUGAAACCACUGAGCAACAGUGGUCUAAGUUAUGUUACCCUUCAGCCAGCCUCCCAGCCCCUUAGCCUGGUGCAGGACCACAGGAGUCCAGUGUACCCAGGCCAGCAGUACAAUAGUAACAAUGGUGACAAACAAGAGGUAGAAAAAUCCCUCCCCAACGGUGUCGAGGGGGCGAAAGCCUCAAUAGACCAGGAGACAUCCCCAAAACAAUCAGAAGUCAACAGAAACAACAAUCUGAUACCCGAGAGCGCAAUCGAGUCUGAAAAGGGCCCCGGUGAUGCACCCGACGAUUUAGUCAAACCAGAGGAGAAAAAAUCACCAAUGAAUAAUGGCUCGAAGGACCCGGAGAGCACGCAACCCCCCAAGACUCCCCAGAAAGAAGAGCAGAGUUCCCCAAAUGUACAGAAAAAAACACCAACUAAACCAGAGACAUCGUCACCGGUGAAAACAGAAAUGAAAAUUGCCACAACUCCCAGAGUUGUAAAGAGAAAAUCACGUGAACUCAAGGAUCUCAAGGGGAGUGUCGGGGAGGGAGGUAGCAAACCGAAGAGAAACAGAGUUCAGACACAGCCCUAUCAGAGCCCGUUGCCAGAGAUUGCCUUGAUCGUUAAGACACUUAGCAAACCAGUGGCAAAUAAGAAUGCCGACGAUAAACUUAUUGUGUUCUAUAAAAAUGAAUUUCUCGCGGUAAGAAAUGCCGAGGGGAGCUUCUACGUGUGUCAAGCGAUGCAAAAUAUUUAUAAGAGCAGUAGGCGCAUCAGGAUUCGCUGGCUGUCGCAGGACAAGAAUAAUGGAGAAAUUUAUUCACCUGACUUCUACGAUUUUACAGAUUUCGACUGCAUAUUGACGAACCUGAACCUCAACAAAAUCGACAAAAACAAGUUUCAGCUGACGAAAAUCGAGCUUUUGCGUACGGAAAAUAUUCUGAAGAGAGCAAUAGACGUGGAAGCUGGUGUUUCUGAAAAGCCAAGUGUGACAGAGGAACAUCCGGACGGGCUUGAUUUAUCGUUAUACAAAGAUGAGUCACAAUUGAAGAAGAGAAAAAGCACCAUCAAAAGAAAGCAACAUCAACGCAAGAGAUCAAAACGUGACACCUCAUCGUCAUCAUCUGAAGAUGAGUCUAGUGAUGAAGAUGAUAAUAAGAAACCAAUGAGAAGCAGUCGUAAUAAAAAACGAAUAACUAACAAAGCACUGGCUAUUGCUAAAUCAGUUGCUAAAGUGCCAUCACGAGCUAAACGUGCAUUAAAUCGGGCUAAUAAGAGUCCAGUUAUAAAUAAUACAGAGGAGGGAAAGCGUAAUGAUUCGAAGAAGGUGGAGAUGAAGAAAACUAUUAAGGAAACCAGUACUGCACCCAGAACGAAACUACUUGGGACUGGCGAGAGCACAGAGGUGGAGAGGAAUGAUAAAACAUCAACGGGACGUGCAAAGAGAAUGGCAACAACCACUUCGAAAAUCACCACCACUGAGGAUUCAACUUCUCGAACUAAAAAAUCACGUGGUAGAGCGUAACUUUAAUUCGAAUGAAAUAUUACCUAAUUAACCAAGAAUUUAAUCACAUUUAGAUCCCACGCCUGAAUUUCCCGGAAAAAAUUGUUUAAUUCAUGAUUAUCUUAUUAAAAAAAUAAGAAACAAGAUGAUUCCUCUCGCCUCCUGAAUGGUUCACUUAUCUUGGUAAUCAGUGGAUUUUCGACGAAAUUUGUCUGAAACUGUCGCAGCUUAGAAUAUUAUUUACAAUGAAUUUAUUAUGACAUUUCAGCCUAAGUCCACUCAUUACCGAGAUAAUCAGGUAUUUAAUGGGAGUUUUGUUUUUUUAAAUCAUUAUAUAGUUUUAUUAUUUUUGCAUAAAAACUUUUUAUUUUGUUUUUUUUUUCACAAUUUUUGUGGGUUUUUUGGGAUAUUUUCUAGCAUUUUUUUAUGAUUAAUUACUGAAAUUCAUACAUGGGAUCCAGCGAAUGGGAAAGUCAUAAUAUUGUGUGAAAUAAUUAUGACACGAGGUUACAUCAAAAUACCUUGGGUUAAUGAUUAUCUACAGGGUGUUGUCAUUCGCACACUGAUGCACUAUUGCAAUAGUAUAUUUUUGAUGUCGUACGUGAUUCUAAUUCUCCUUGAACUCAUGUUUGUGUGAAAAAAUUUGAACAAUUCCUCAUUUCAAGGGACCCAAGUCAAAUCAAGAAAACCUAUUCUGGUAAUUUUGCGAAUAUGUUGUUGACUAUUGGUGCUGAGAAAAAAUAUCCCGUAACAUUUUUGAUAUGUUAUAAAAUUUCAUAACAAAAAUGUUUUGUUAUAUUUUCUCAUAAAAACCUGUAAUCAACUGCACAUUCGUGUAAUUAGAAGAAACUCUUCUUAUUCAGCAUCAUCUACUCCUCACCAGCAACCCCUCAUUAUCUCAUUACUGAGCAGAUUUGGAGCAAAAUGUCACAAGACAUUUUUAAAGAGAAUUUCAUUUACUGCAGAAAAUGUUUUGGCACAUUUUAUCGUAAGUUCACUCAUUAUGGACAUAUUCAAAUUUUAAAUUUAUAUCCCUCAACUUGUGAUUUGAGUGAAAUGAGACGUGAUUACCUUUCGUUAUUUCUCGUUAUAAAUUUUUACAAAGUCCAUUUUGGAAAGUCCAUUACUACUUUUAAAUGCUACGAAAACAAAUAUCUGAUCAUAAAUCGUGAGAACAAAUUUUUAAUAAAAAAAAAUUGAUUUUUCAUGAAUUUUACUUCACUCAAUCACAAAAAGAACCGAAAUAAGUGUACAAAUGCCCCAUAAAGAGCUCCACUCGUCAGUAAAAAAAAAUAAUAAACCCCAUCUAAACAAAAACAAUCCCAUUAAGUAACCAAUAACCGUCUAAAUAGAUCGGGAAUUAGGAUAAAAUGUACAUCAUGUUAAAAAAAAACAAGCACUGCUCAAGAUAAUUGCAACCUAAACUAGCAGUUAAAACGAUUGAAAAUAAUAAAUCAUGGUCCAAUUAUGUAUUUUUGGUUUAAGUAAAAAGUGCAAAUUGAUUAAUCAAUAAUUAAUUGCGUCAUUACGAUUAAUUGUGAAUGAAAGAUAGGUAAUUCGAGUACAGAUGACCAAAUUCUGUAGUAAUCAUGAGAAACCAAGUAAUUAAUCAAUGGAUUGUAAUUAAAAGAGAAAAGAUUGUUUUUUGUCACUGCUGCUACAUUCAGCCCGUGUCGAAAAGUGCCUUUUCGUUUACUGGUAAACAAAGAAUCGCACAGUUCACCGCUCGCUGAACGUAAUAUCACUAACAAAAAGUAGAAUUCGGAUACACGUGCGAGGGGAUGUUUUAAUUCGUGCGAUUGUCAGCCAUUGGCUUCGCCUCGGGCCGCCAACUUCACACUCUUUGCCACCUCGUCGCACUUGUAUGGAAAUAUACUAUUUUUUUCAAUUCAUUCGAGAAUGCGAUCUGUAUUUCAGAAACUGUGGUAACUUUUCAUGUCAAUUUAUUGAUUGAUUGAUUGAUUCAUCAAUUGAUUGAUUAGGAAUUUUGAUUGAUGGGUUGAAUGGAAUAUUGGUGAAUGAAUUUUAAUUGCCAAGGAUGCCAAGGAUGUGCGUCUGAUUGUACAUUUUCAAUCGCAGUAUAAUGACCAUUUUUUUUUGAAUUAACCAAAUCUAUAUUCGAUUUGUUAAUUAAUUUAGGAUUAAGUUAUUAAUUGUAUUGUAUUCAUAUCAAUGUUUAAGAUAAACGAUUUUCAUUACCGGGUUUUAAUUGAAGAGCGAAUAGCAUUUAGCGUAGGAUUAUUGCACGGAUUUUUUUUUUGUCUGUAAAUGCUAUAUUUUCUUUACUGAUUUUAAUUGUUGAGUGAUUUUGCAGGAGUGGUGAAAUGUUUUUACAAUCUCUGAGGUCAGGAAUUUUUGGGAGACUUCUGAAUAAAAAAAUGGAUGGACGAUUGAAUUAAAAAUUAUCAUUAUAAGUAGUCCACCAACAGCAUUUGACUUUACCUGCCAUCACUCCUCAAAUCAAUCAAAAAUUGGCUUUUCUUCGAUUACAUUUUACAAACAUUUUGAUCAGUCCACAACUUGGAAUUUCGAAGAUUUUUGGAUACUGCGUAGCAAUGGUUUUUUCGCUGCGCAACUAAUUAUACCUAAUUACUUUAACAAAGAAUUGAUAAGUAUAAAAGUGAAUAAAAUUCUAUGAAAAUAAUGUAUAAAGCCUUCAAGUCUAAUCAACUUAAUGAUGAGAAAAAUAUAUAUUAUAAUUUUUCCGUGAAUUUUCCUUUUGGAUAAUUCUGGGUGCAAGUGAAAUGAACUAAAAGUGUUUCUAUUAUUUACUCUGAUGCUUUGUAUUUGGUUAUUGUAUUGAGAGAGAGAAUUUUGCUUGAAUUAAAAAGCAAUUGAAUUGUAAUCAAUUUUAUUCGACUUGCAGUCGAGUUUUGAGAAGUGCAAAAGCAGGAUUAUCGCGCGAUUCAUGGAUUCAAUGCCAAUUAGUUCAACUUUAUUCAAAACAUCUAAAAAUUUAUAAUGUUAUUCUCUGGUCUCGAUCGUCCAUUUUGCCGGGCUGGUUACCCUUAUAAUCGACAAAGAAUUUUUAAUUGUGAAAAUUGAGUUUUUCUUCUUUCCACAUUAAAAAAUUCUCAACCAUCUAACGAGGAAUCAGUUAUUGUCUCGGUCCAGUCGCAUCCCGCGGUAAUCGAUACAAAACAAAAUUCGACUGCAGCAAAUUCGUCUUCUCUAUAUUUUAAUGAAUUACCGAAACUUAAUUAGUAAUGAGCGUGUAUAAUAGCUUACCUAACACUUGAAACUUCUUUUUUAACUGAAAUGAAUGCUUAUAAGGGAUUUGUAUUAAAAGCACAUGCAAUAUAGUUAAAUAAAGCCCCUGAAAACCUUAAAUACGAAAAAA